AUGUUAGGAUGUCUGAAUGUGGGAAGAAAACCACAAAGCUCCCCCUUUGUGCCAAAGAAAACCAAAUCAGCUCAGGCUGGUCUGCAGUUCCCCGUGGGUCAUGUCUACAGGCCCCUUAAAAGAGGGAACUACGCUGACAGGAUCGGUCCUGGCGCUGCCAUCUACCUGGCUGCAGUGCUGGAGUACCUGAGCGCAGAGAUCCUGGAGCUGGCAGGGAACGCUGCACAUGAAAACAAGAAAGCCAGGAUCCUGCCCAGGCACAUCCAGCUGGCCGUGAGAAAUGAUGAUGAGCUGAACAAGCUCCUCUCCUGUGUGACCAUUGCUUGA